AUGAGUGUGACACCAUACAUUGCUGGCGUAACAAACAAAAGCCUUUUUUUAAUUGAAUUUCAAGAACCAUACACAGAAAAAAUCUUAAGAGAUGAAAGCACACCAAAUAUUCGAAGCCUAGUCUAUAGUCCUAAAGGCAACUAUCUUGCUUACAGGACUGACAAAAAAGCUGAGAUUAUCCAAUGUGCUGACUGGUCAGUGGCUGCCACAAUAAAUGGCAACUUCAAAGAUAUGUUCUUUUCUCCUUUGGAUAAUUAUUUUGCAGUUUGGGAAAUGUUUAUGAUGACCAAAGAAAAUCCUCAGGGUAAACCUAACUUGCAUGUCUUCAGAUCAGCUAAUGGUGACAAAGUAGGAUCUUUUAUACAAAAACAUCAAGCUGGAUGGGAGCCAAACUGGUCUUCUGAUGAGAAAUUGUUUGCCAUUCAGAUCGGUGAUAGAGUUUUGAUUUACGAAGAUGGCAACCUCGAGAGAUACACACAACAAAUACAUGCAGAAAAGCUUAAGUGUUUCAGCAUAUCACCAAGUCCAGCACCUACUUAUUACUUAUCCAUUUUUACUUUGGGCAAGGCUGGCCAGCCAUCAUUUUGGCGCAUUUUUAAAUAUCCUUAUUUUGAAAUCAACCAGGCUGUGGUGAGUCGAUCCUCCUUUCAAGCUGACAAAGCAACAUUUUAUUGGAACCGACGGGGAACAAAUGUCUUUACUAUGACACAAACUGAUGUCGAUAAAACUGGGGGUUCUUACUAUGGAAAACAAACACUGUCCCAUGGAGAUGUAAGAGGCAAUGCUGGAAACGUUACUUUUAGUAAAGAAGGUCCUAUACAUGCUAUUGCAUGGAACCCCGGCAACUGGAAUGAAUGGGUCGCAGUGUACGGACAUGCUCCAGCUAAAGGAACGCUAUUUAACGCAAAAUGCGAACCACUAUUCGAGUUUGGCACCGGAGCUUGGAACGCCAUUUAUUUUCCACCCGAGGGAAACAUAGUGCUUCUAGGCGGUUUUGGUAACAUAGCGACGGGACAUAUUGAAGUGUGGGACGUGCGAGGAUAUAAGAAGCUUGGCGCCUGCUCGGCCCCGGACACCACCAGCCUGCAAUGGGACCCGCGCGGUGAAACUUUCAUCACCGCCACUACGUACCCACGACUUACUGUUGGUAAUGGAUACAAAAUAUGGCAUUACACUGGCGCGUUAAUGCAUAAGCGCGUCUGCGAAGAAAAAGAAUAUUUAUUAUCGAUUAACUGGCAGCCGGGUACGUUCCCUAAGAGCGAAUUGUCCAAAACGGCGCCCAAAGGAAUAGAGGUGGCCCCUACUAAGCCCGCCGCCGCGUACCGACCACCCGGAGCAAGGAACAAGCCGUCUACAUUCACGUUACAUGAACAUGAAAAGCCACAUCGACCUGGACAAAAUGUCAAUGCGGCACCAUCAAAACAAGCCAUCAAGCAGAAGGAGAAACGCGAGGCUCGGAAAGCACGUAAGGCAGAAGAGCGGGCCGCUGGAGACACUUCACCUUUACCGCCGUCCACAUCCACCACUUCCCGAGCGCCAUUCGUCUCUACAGGCGACCCUGAAAAGGAUAAGAAGAUCAAAAACAUUAAUAAAAAAUUAAACGACAUCGAGAAGCUAAAGCAGCAAAAAGCAGCGGGGAAACCACUUGAACUAAAUCAACUCGCAAAGAUAGACAAUGAACAAGCUUUGUUACAGGAAUUAGCUCAACUUAGAUUAUGA